CGAGCUAGAGAGGACGCGGCUGGAUCAUCAGCGCGGGUGGCGAAGGCGAGGGCGUAGGCUACGGCGUUGACGAGGUCUGAGGGUAGCUUGGCCGCGUUCAGGGCUGUAUGAAGCGUUCCGGACGGGACGUCGGAGGCCUCAGCUUGCUGACGGAGGAAGGACAUGAGGCGACGCUUGUGGAGGAGGGGUAUGUCGGCGGCAAAGAUGGCGGCUUUGUCUGUGGGGACCGGGUGGAUAGCAUCUUGGUCGGCAAGCGCGAUGCGGUCGAUGAGGCGGAAGUCGAGGUAGCGGGCCACGCCGGACGCGACGAGGGCGUCGAUGAGGGGGCCUUGAGCAGGUACGAGCCCGGGUGCGAGGCCGAUGUUGUAGCGGCGGGGAUGGGGGAUGUCUGCGCCGAGCUCAUCGGCGGCGAGCGAAGCGUCGUGGGCGCCGUAGUACGCAUUCUUGUCGACGUGGACGACGCGGAGGCCGGCCUUGGCGAGGGCGGCGGCGGCGACGGCGUGGGCGAGGGUGGUGCCGACGAUCGCGACGUCAAAGUGCGAGUCCAUAACGCCACAAAUUCCGAUCGUCUCUUCAACAUGCACGACCGCCGCCGCCCCCCGCCAGAGUCCCCCGCGACGCGCGUCCGCAACGCCAUCAUCCACUUUGCCAACGUCGACGCCAUCCACGAGCUCCCUCGCGUCGAGCGCACAGUCCGCGACUACGUGACGCACGACGACGCCGCCGCCCGUGUCGCUGCUGUCGCAGACGCCCUCGAUGUCGCGUUGACCGAGCAGCCCUUCAAAAUUCCCUGCUAUGCUGCGCUACUUCGUCGUCUGCACGACAUCGCAGCGCUACACGACGAUCUUUGGAAGCGCUUCCAUGCGCACCUCGACCAGCAGCGCUGGCGCCACACGCGCCUUCACGUCCACUUGUACGCCCACCAGGCGCGCGCCGGGCUGGUGGUCCCCGAUGACCUUGCAGACCUUCUCAAGUCCUUCUCGGCUGUGCUCGAUGAAGUUGGCGUCACACAUUCGCGCGCCAAACGCGCCGCGCUAUGUGCUGUCGAGGGUGCCCUCAUUGCUGGCAAAGUCCUUCCCUCAGACGUGCCCGAGCAAAUCAUGGCCUCAGUCGAGGCGUAUGUCGAGACGACAGCCUCCGCCCAGUGGUUCGUGCGUCCUACUGCCCUGUUGCAUGCCGACGAGCGCACCCCGGUGGAGGAUGCGGACGAGCUCCUCGCGUCUGCUCUCGCUGCAUUGCGCGCUGCGCACGCGGCGAACUUUUCCUCUGACGCUUGGCCUGCGCCAUAUGAUGAGGAGCCUUCGCUAUCGGAUACCUUCGUCCCGCGUCCUCUUCCAGCCGUCCUAGUUCCGCCAGAGGCCAUCUCUCUCGAUGACCCUCAGGCAGACUUGGCACCUUUGAAUGCGGGCGCGUCUGAUGAUUGGCCGGAGUACUACCUACGCCUGUUUGCUGACGAGGUGACACCGAGUCCAAAGACGCCGGUCGGUCAUGCCAUCCGGAGCUGGAUUUUGGACACGAUUGAUAUCUUCGAGGUCAAUCGAAAAGAGGCCGCCAGGGCGCUUCUAGAACUGCCAAAGUGGUGCCCGCCCAACACGUUCGGCGAGGGAGCAUGGAGUCUGGAGAGUACGAUCAUGGAGACCAUCCUUGCUCGGCUUCUGACCUUGCCCGCCUGCCCGCAUCCCGUCGUGUACUACGGCGCGCUCAUCACGGAGAUCUGUAAGCUCACUCCUAGCAAAGGAGGCCCAGCCGUCGGACGCAGCAUUCGUCGGUUAUAUGCGUGGAUAGGCGAUGGCCUCGACCCGGCCCUCGCUGUUCGCUUUGCGGGCAUGUUUUCGCUCCACAUGAGCAACUUCGGUUUUGCCUGGGUAUGGAAAGAGUGGAUUCCUGACCUGGACUUCGCGCGCACGCACCCGAAGCAGGUCUUCAUGCGGCGGGCUGUCGAGCUCGAGAUCCGCUUGUCCUACCUUGAACGUAUUGCCAAGACCUUGCCCGAGCCCAUCGCGCGCGCUGUGCUUCCACCAGACACGCCUGGCCCUAAUUGGGCUUGGGAGGAUCCUUCACAUCCGCACCACGACGCCGCGCAGGGCAUCCUCAACCUCCUGCGAGGUCGCGCGAAGGCUGAAGACGUGAUUGCGCACCUCGAGACGGUGAAGGGGACGUUGGAGGGCGGAGACGUCUCCGACGCCGAAGGAACGGUGCGCGACAUGGCGACUCAGGCGCUGCUGAACGUGGGCUCGCGGUCCUUCUCUCAUCUGCUCAACGCCAUCGAGCGGUACCUCCCGCUUUUACGCACUCUCGCGGGACAAGGGGGUAAUGCACACACGGACAUUCUGGCCUCCGCCGCGUCCUUCUGGGCGUCAUCUCCCCAGCUCAUCACGAUCGUCUUCGACAAGCUCAUGCAGUAUCAGAUAGUGGAUCCGAAGGACGUCGUCGCCUGGGUUUUCGCGCGCAGCAAGCAACCGCGCCAGGACGGUAUGGUCAUCGCCAAGGUGGAGGGAGGUGUCAAGACUGAGGACGGCGAUGCCCCGGAUGCUGGCGCGCCGGGUAUGACGAUCACGGAGUGGGACGUGCUGCGCGCGGCGGUGGACAAGGCGAACGGGCGGGUGAUAAUCGCGCGUCGCAAGCUCGCGGCGCUGCGCCGGGAAGACGACGAACGCCACGCGCGUGCGGUGGCCGGCAUGGAGGUUGACGGAGAUGGGGAGAAGGAGGUCAAGGAGCAGAGCGAGGAAAACCCGGCAGUGCAGACGGCCCUCAAAGCGUUUGAAUCUCUGACUGCCGAGCAAAAGGGUGCAUUGAGCAGAACUCUCGAGGGUUUCGUCGAUCUGCUCAUCGGGGCUGAGUCACCUGUUGGCCCAGCUGCGCGUGCCAUCAUCUCAGAGAAGUCGUGGCAUAACCGUGCCAACUGGAGCGAGGCUGAAUGGGCGGCCUGGGCAACAUGGGGCUGGUACAAGGCCUUUGCACGGGAGUAUGCUGUAUAUCUGCGGCCUUACUCGACAGCAUUGUCUACUGUUGCCUUCUCUUCCUUGCAUGAUGAUACCGACCCUGCGAGCACCCUUGUCAUGAAGAUAUUCAAUGUAGCAGUAGGGGCAGAAUAGAUCUCAUGCGUCGAGAUAGUAUCUUUACUUGGUUGCAGAAGGGGGGGGGGGCUCUGCUCUAUUAUAAAGACUGCACAGGGAGGAGGUCCAAGGGUAUAUCUACUCUGACGAGAGCCCAACUGUAGAAAAGUCACUAUGUAGAAACGCGGUGCCACGCCGGUACGAUCUUUGACGCCAUGCUGAGGCAGCUGAGUAGCAUUGGGUCAUGAUCAUCGUUGUGAUUACAUAUCGCU